CCGGAAGUGCUUCUUCCCUGCCUGACCUCCGCAGUAACGCUGACGGGGCUGUAAGAAGCCGGAGCUCCGCUCAGCGCUCUGGGUUAACUUGUGAUUCACACGGAACUUUUUCCCUCUCUGCGGCCGGACAGACGCGACUCUGACACCAUGAGCACCAUGUUCGCAGACACCAUUUUGAUCGUCUAUUCCAUCUGUACGGCGCUGUUAGCCGAAGGGAUUACCUGGGUCUUAGUGUAUCGGACUGAAAAGUACAAGAGGCUGAAGGCUGAAGUGGAAAAGCAAAGCAAAAACGUAAUUGAGAAGAAAAAGGAAACCAUAACUGAAUCUGCUGGACGUCAGCAGAAGAAGAAGAUCGAGAGGCAAGAGGAGAAGCUGAAGAACAACAACAGAGACCUGUCCAUGGUGCGCAUGAAAUCCAUGUUUGCUAUUGGUUUCUGCUUCACAGCUCUGAUGGGCAUGUUCAACUCCAUCUUUGAUGGAAGAGUCGUGGCGAAACUGCCUUUUGUGCCGCUGUCAUACAUCCAGGGACGGUCACACCGCAACCUGCUGGGCGAGGAUUACACCGACUGCUCCUUUAUUUUCCUCUACAUCCUCUGCACCAUGUCCAUCAGACAGAACAUCCAGAAGAUGCUCGGCCUUGCACCCUCCAGAGCUGCAACCAAACAGGCCGGAGGCUUCCUGGGACCUCCUCCGCAAGCCGCUAAGUUUUCCUAAUCGGCAGCCCGGCUGUUCCUGCGCUGCUGCCUGCGGUCACAGCGCCCCCAUCAGAGCGCCGACGGAACUGCUCCCGCUGGAGUCAAGUCUUACCUGUUGCAGCUACUGUACCACUACUUCCUGUUUGAUUUCCCAUUUAUUUUGUUGUUUAUUUAACAUGAAAGCUGUUUGAGUUAGAAAUUAGAGGGAAAUUCUAGUUUAUUCUGUUGAUUACCAAAGGUUACAAAUGUCUGCUGUUCAUUCAGCACAAUUCAUGGAGUAUUUGGAGAUUUUAAUUAAGGACUGACACAGGAACAUCUGAUCCAGCUUCAGUAUUAUUGUACAUCAUUGUCUAUGUCCUUGUGUCUUACAUAUUAAUAAAGUUUUAUGAUUAUAUUCA